CCAGCUCGUAGUGUAGUUUUGGAUUUUAUAUUUCUUUUUUUUUCUUUUUAAUUUUUUUUCUCUGAUUUUACGAAUAAUUGCAAUAAUCACUACUGAUCUAUCCAUCGUCUUGAGCUGGAGGUGUGGAUUCGUUAAGGAAUCAAACCUGUCAAUCUCAGAUUAGGGUUUCCCGCCUUUGAUAAUCGGUCGCGCCAUUUCCCGUAAUAUAUACACUUUAUUAUAGGCAGAUACAUAUAUUUCUAUUUCUAUAUCUAUAUCUAAUCCGCAGAAAAUUUUCAGUUUUUUUCUUCGGAAAUUUCUAAUCGAGAUUUUUCAUUGUUGUUCCGUAUAUAUAAAAAAGAGUUUUGUUUAUUUGGCCAAUUUUGGGGUUUUUUUUUUUUUUUGUUUUUGUUUUUGGGUCAGAUUGGUUUGGAUAGCUUUUGGCAUAUUUGAUCAAGGGAUAAAAAACAACAAAAGUAAAGAAAAUAGGUUUUGUGGGAGCAAUUAAGAAUUUUUGGGUAUAAUGGAUAAGAAGAAGGUUGCUGCUCCGCUUGUUUGCCACGGGCAUUCUAGGCCGGUUGUCGAUUUGUUCUACAGCCCAUCCACUCCUGAUGGGUUUUUCCUAAUCAGUGCCAGCAAGGAUUCCACACCAAUGUUGAGAAAUGGAGAGACUGGAGAUUGGAUUGGAACUUUUCAGGGGCAUAAAGGUGCUGUAUGGAGUUGUUGUCUAGAUAAACACGCGCUUCGUGCAGCAUCUGCAUCUGCUGAUUUCAGUGCGAAAUUAUGGGAUGCAUUAACUGGGGAUGAACUGCAUUCAUUUAGUCACAAGCACAUAGUCCGUGCUUGUGCCUUUUCAGAUGAUACACAUCAUUUUCUCACUGGUGGUUUCGAAAAAAUUCUUCGGAUAUUCGAUCUAAAUCGACCAGAUGCACCACCAAGGCAAAUUGACGGUGGUCCUGGUUCGGUUAGGACAGUUGCUUGGCUCCAUAAUGACCAAACCAUAUUAAGUUCCUGCAGUGAUACGAGUGGAGUGAGAUUAUGGGAUUUAAGAAGCUGUGAAGUUGUUCGAACCCUUGAUACCAAGUCUUCUGUAACCAGUGCUGAAGUGAGUCGAGAUGGCCACUACAUAACUACUGCUGAUGGUUCCUCUGUUAAGUUUUGGGAUGCAAAUCAAUUUAGAUUGGUAAAGAGCUAUGACAUGCCCUGCAAUGUUGAAUCUGCUUCAUUAGAACCAAGGUUCGGAAAAAGGUUCAUUGCCGGAGGGGAAGACAUGUGGGUUCGUCUCUUUGACUUUCACACUGGAGAACAAAUUGGAUGCAACAAGGGACACCAUGGUCCUGUGCAUUGUGUGCGUUUCUCUCCAGGAGGAGAAUCUUAUGCUUCAGGUUCUGAAGACGGGACAAUUAGAAUAUGGCAGACUGGGCCAAACGAGGCCACCGAUGCAUCAGCUGGACCACCUAAGCCUAAGGUGGUGAAAGAUGUCAAUGUUGAGAUUGACAAGUUACAUAUUGCCAAAGGGGCAAAGAUUGAUGACGAUAAAGAGAACGAAGAAUGAUUGAUGUCUGAAACUGAGACCAAAGGAAACAUAUUUUUAUAGGUCUUCCUUUUCUUUUUUCUUUUUUUUGGUUUUGGCUGUCGCAUGACAGAGACAUGCAAGUUAUAUGCUAGCAUGACAACUUUUGAAGGGUUUUAUGCCUUGAAUAAAACUAAGCUUUUCCAAAUGCAUC